CUGGUGGUUUGGGAUUCGUGGUUUCGUUAUUCAUUUCAUUUCAUUCUAAUCAUUCCUCUCGGUGGAGCCGGCGCGUAGACGGACAGUUCUAUGGUCCUUUGGACGUGAAUUCUUUUUUUUUUUUUGACUUUUUCGUUUACGGCUUUUUGUUUUUUCGCUGUGGUUGGUGAGUGCUUUUGGGGAAUUUUCUGUCAUGGAAUUAUUUAGCAGGCGAUAUAACAUAUCGCCGCUAAUUAUAGCUGUUAUAUUUAUUACCUUCUUCCACAAUGUAUUAAGCCGACACAAAAUUCGCCACUUCAAAGACAGAUUCAAAAGGCAGCAAGGCGCUAACUUAUACCUUCCCGGCAGUUACGUCACAAAUAACAAUGAUCCAGAGUCGGGACCCUGGGAAGAAUGGUCAGCACCCGGUCCAUGUUCCAGGACUUGUGGUGGGGGUGUAUCGACUCAAACUAGAAAAUGUACACAAGGAUACGAUUGCAGGGGACCAACGGCAAGAUCUUUUUCCUGCAAUACACAGGAUUGUCCAGACAUGGCUGAUUAUAGGUCACAGCAAUGCGCAGAACAUGAUAACAUUCCGUUUGAAGGAAUGAAUUAUAGAUGGGUACCGUACACAAAAGGUCCAAAAGCUUGUGAGUUAAACUGUAUGCCCAGAGGAGAAAGAUUUUAUUAUCGACAUGCUGACGCUGUAGUAGAUGGCACUAGGUGUACAGACGAAGGCUUCGACGUUUGCGUACAAGGAGAAUGUCAGCCUGUUGGAUGUGACCGAAUGCUGGGAUCGAGUGCCCGAGAAGAUGAGUGCCGAGUCUGCGGAGGAGAUGGCAGCACUUGCAGAACCUUCACCAAUACCAUUCAAAUGAAGGAUAUGCAAGUGGGCUACAAUGAUAUACUACUAAUUCCCGCUGGAGCCACAAACAUAAGAGUCGAAGAACUUGCCCCUUCAAACAACUACCUUGCUAUAAGAAACACAUCAGCCCAUUUCUAUUUGAACGGAAACUGGCGCAUCGACUUCCCCAGAGCCACCGAUUUUGCAGGAACCAGAUUCAAAUAUGAAAGAACACCUCAAGAAUUCGAUGCUCCAGAUAUCAUUACAGCUCUGGGUCCGACUGAUGAAUCCCUAUUUAUUGUUUUACUCUUCGAAGGUUCGGACGUACCAGUUAGCUUUUCUUACAGUUUACCAACCUCGGUACCACCUCCACCAAAUGAAACCUACUCCUGGAUAUACGACGAGUUUUUGCCAUGCACAGUUACAUGUGGAAAAGGUAUUCAAUACAGGAAUGUCAGCUGCGCCGGAAGGAAUUCCUUAGAACCAGUACAGGAAUCUCUAUGCGACUCGCACACUAAACCAGAAGACGUGAAAACUUGUAACCAAAUAGACUGUCUUCCACAAUGGUACCCUUCAGAGUGGAGUGACUGUUCAGUACCAUGUGGUGAAGAAGGUGGCGUCCAAACCAGAAAACUUGUAUGCCAAAAAGUAAAUGCGAGCGGAAUUCAAGAAGUUGUAAGUGCCGAUGAGUGUUAUGGGCAAUCCAAACCACCAACGGAAAUGAAGUGUAAUGUCCAAACACUGUGUCCAAAGUGGUACAUUGAACCCUGGAAGCCGUGCGAUCAUCUUUGCGGGCCAGGAAAGCAGACGAGGAAAAUAACAUGCUACAAAGAAGAAAAUAAUAGAAAAACAAUAUUGACAGACGAUGAGUGUGAUGCUGUAGAAAAGAAGCCUUCUACAGAGCAAUCGUGCAAUUUGAGGCCGUGUGAAGGAGUGGACUGGAUUGCCUCACAGUGGUCAGGGUGUGGAGCAUGUGGCCUGACACAAGAAACCAGGAAAGUAUUGUGUGCCACCGAAGAUUCAGAAGUACAACCCGACGAACUGUGUGAAGCUGAUCGGAAACCCGAUACAAUUCGUGAAUGUGAAAUGACACCCUGUGAAUAUUUGUGGUACGCCGAACAAUGGAGUGAUUGUUCAGUAACGUGUGGGUCAGGAGUACAGACACGAACUAUACGCUGUGGAAGAGUGACUGCAACAGGUUUUGAAACGGUAGAUAACUCCAAAUGUGAUCCUUCCAAACACUUUGAAACUGUACAAAACUGUACUGGUGAAAUAGAGAAAUGUGACGGAGAAUGGUUUACUGGACCCAUGGGACAGUGUUCUAAGCCAUGUGGAGGAGGCACAAGAUCCAGAAAACUAGUUUGUAUCAAGGAUGGCCAGGUGGCUGAUUCUUCUGCAUGUGGAUCCGAUAAAAUUGUCUUUGCUGAUGAAAAAUGUAAUGACACACCAUGUUCUGAAGAUACCAUAUUACCGACAGACAUAACACAGUCUGUUGAUGAAUCUGAACCAACAAAAGAGUCUUCCCAAAAACGGGAAGCUACAACACCUGUAAGUGCAACAAGCGAAGAUUUGCUGUCAGAGGAAACUGAAGUUACUUCAGAGCUUGAAACGACAACUACUUCAAGUGUUUCUACGACUCCAAAUCCCGACGACUUUGAAAUUGUACCUGACACUAAUUGCGAUGAUGGAGAAUGGGUUGAGGAAGAAGAAGAACCACCAAUGCAAGGAGAUGAUCCGUUCGCUUACGACGAUGCGAUGUUGGGUGAUCAACCGGUAGAAGGUUCAGGUGAUACUACCGAAUCAUCAACAGAUACUUCUCUCUUCACUGAAACGUCUAUAUCAACAGAAACUUCGUUAAACACUGACACGACAGUCAGUUCCAAAACUACUGAGCCAGAAGUUCUUAUAGAGUCUGAUCUUGGUAGAGAUGUCACAACCCCAAAAAGUGUCCAGACUUCACCAGAUUCCACCGAUGCUACCAUCGAAUUUACUGGCUCUACUGAAUCUCCUGGCACUACUAUCGAAUUCACAGGUUCAACAGAAACCCCUGAAUCUACUAUAGAGUUCACUGGAUCCACUGAAUCUCUUGGAACUUCGACAGAAUUUACUGGAUCUACUGAAUCUCCAGGUACGACAGUUGAGUUUACUGGCUCAACAGAAAGUCCUGGAUCAACUGAAGCUCCUGAAUCCACCACAGCGUAUACCGGAUCAACUGAAGCACCUGAAUCCACUACAGAGUAUACUGGAUCAACUGAAGCACCUGAAUCCACUACAGAGUAUACUGGAUCAACUGAAGCACCUGAAUCCACUACAGAGUAUACUGGAUCAACUGAAGCACCUGAAUCCACAACAGAGUAUACUGGAUCAACUGAGGCACCUGAGUCUACUACAGAAUAUACUGGAUCAACUGAAGCACCUGAAUCUACUACAGAGUAUACUGGAUCAACUGAAGCACCUGAAUCCACUACAGAGUAUACUGGAUCAACUGAAGCACCUGAAUCCACUACAGAGUAUACGGGAUCAACUGAAGCACCUGAAUCCACUACAGAGUAUACUGGAUCAACUGAAGCACCUGAAUCCACCACAGAGUAUACUGGAUCAACUGAGGCACCUGAGUCUACUACAGAAUAUACUGGAUCAACUGAGGCACCCGAGUCCACUACAGAGUAUACUGGAUCAACGGAAGCACCUGAGUCAACUACAGAUUAUACUGGAUCAACUGAAGCACCUGAAUCCACUACAGCAUUUACUGGAUCAACUGAGGCACCUGAGUCCACUACAGAGUAUACUGGAUCGACUGAGGCACCUGAGUCCACUACAGAGUAUACUGGAUCAACUGAAGCUCCUGAGUCAACUACAGAGUUUACUGGAUCAACUGAAGCUCCUGAGUCAACUACAGAGUUUACUGGAUCAACUGAAGCACCUGAAUCCACUACAGCAUAUACUGGAUCAACGGAGGCACCUGAGUCCACUACAGAAUAUACUGGAUCAACUGAAGCACCUGAAUCCACUACAGCAUAUACUGGAUCAACGGAGGCACCUGAGUCCACUACAGAAUAUACUGGAUCAACUGAAGCUCCUGAGUCAACUACAGAAUAUACUGGAUCAACUGAGGCACCUAAGUCCACUACAGAGUAUACUGGGUCAACAGAAGCUCCUGAAAGUACAACAGAAUUUACAGGCUCAACAGAAGCUCCAGAAAGUACUACAGAAUAUACAGGCUCCACGGAAGCGCCAGAAAGCACAACCGAAUUUACUGGUUCUACCGAAGUGCCAAGUAGUACCACAGAUUUUACAGGCUCUACAGAAGCUCCUGAAAGUACCACCGAAUUUACAGGUUCUACUGAAGCCCCAGAGAGUACAACCGAAUUCACUGGUUCAACAGAGUCUUCUGUGUCAACAACUGAAUUUACUGGAAGUACUGAAAGUACAUCUGAAUUUACUGGUAGUACGGAAAGUACUUCGGAGUUUACAGGAAGUACUGAAAGCACAACCGAAUUUACAGGCAGCACCGAAAGUACGUCUGAAUUUACUGGUAGCACUGAAAGUACUUCUGAAUUUACAGGAAGUACUGAAAGCACAACGGAAUUCACAGGAAGUACAGAAAGUACUACUGAAUUUACGGGAAGUACCGAAAGUACAAUUGAUUACACAGGAACUACAGAGAGCUAUACUUCUUCUGUUACAGACAUAUUCCUACCCAAACCACGCUUGUGUAGAAGAAGAAAGAUUAAAAAAUGUAAGAGCACACUGUUUGGUUGCUGUUGGGAUAAUAUUACACCAGCUGAGGGUCCAUUUGAUAAAGGAUGUCCGAUGCCAGAAACUUGUAAGGAAUCUAAAUAUGGAUGUUGUGAUGAUGGUGUCUCUGCAGCUCUUGCGCCAAACAAUGGUGGGUGUCCAUCUUCCCAUUGCAAAGAAACUCUAUUUGGAUGUUGUCCUGAUAACAAGACUCCAUCUGAAGGAAAUGAUAAUGAAGGUUGUCCUCCUGCUUGCUUUAGUUCAAGAUACGGUUGUUGCAAUGAUAAUUCUACUGCAGCUACAGGUUUUAAACACAAAGGGUGUCCGGAAUCUACUACAACUCCUUUACCAACAACUGAAUCUGUCACUACAGAAGGAACUACUGAAAGUGCAAUGUCUACCGAAUCAGCGGAAACUACAACAUCAAUAUCAACUACUGAAUUUUCAACUGAAACAACACUACCAGCUGAUUGUGGACUCGCAACGUAUAGAUGUUGUCCUGAUGGAGUUACAACGGCCACUGGCCCUGGGUACCAAGGUUGCGGUCUUCCCUGCUCAGAUAGCAAAUUUGGUUGUUGUCAAGAUGCUAAAACUCCUGCCCAUGGUCCAAGUGGUGAGGGUUGUUGUCUUAAUUCAACGUUUGGCUGUUGCCCCGAUGAUAUUACUCCAGCAAGUGGCCCUAACCAAGCUGGCUGCGGCUGUGAACGUUCACCUUAUGGAUGCUGUCCAGAUAACAAAACUUCUGCUUUAGGGUAUUACAACUAUGGGUGUGGAUGUCAAUAUUCUGCGAAUGGUUGUUGCCCAGAUAGAGUCACUCCCGCAGCUGGACCAGACUUUGAUGGUUGUUUAUGCCAUACAUUCCAGUUUGGUUGCUGUUCAGAUGGAAUCACGCCAGCUGAAGGACCGAGAGAACAAGGUUGUGGUUGUAGAAAUACUGAAUUUGGCUGUUGUUCUGAUGAAAAAACUCCUGCAUCGGGACCCAAUCAGGAAAGAUGUACCUGUGAAUAUACUAAAUUUGGUUGUUGCAGUGAUGGUGUUACUGAAGCGAAGGGUGAGAACUUCGAGGGAUGUCCUGUAAUACCGCAGAACCUUCAAGUUGGUUGUUCUCUCGCUAAAGAAAAGGGUAAUUGCAGAAAUUACACUGUUAAAUGGUUCUUCGAUUUGGAGUAUGGCGGUUGCUCGCGUUUCUGGUAUGGUGGCUGUGAAGGUAACGCAAACCGUUACAAAUCCAAGGAAGAAUGUGAAGAGAUUUGCGUAGAACCACAAGGGGCUGGCAGGUGCAAUUUACCCAAAAUAUCAGGUCCAUGUGAAGGUUAUUACCAGAAGUACUACUACGAUAAGGAAUUAAAAACCUGCACUCCAUUUAUAUAUGGAGGCUGUCUCGGCAACAACAACCGAUUUGAAACGAGAGAAGAAUGUAUGGAUCUUUGUGCUCAAGAUCAAGUACAAGAUCCUUGUCAACAAAAGAAAGACCCAGGACCGUGCGAAGGUAAACACCAGAGAUUCUACUACGACAAAGAGCUGGCACAAUGCCAAGAGUUUACGUAUGGAGGCUGCAAAGGAAACAACAACAACUUUGUUACCAUUGAAGCCUGUAAACAACAAUGCGCUCCAGCUGGUGAGAGAAAAGAUAUCUGCUCGUUACCAAAAUAUGAAGGUAAUUGCACGGAGGUGAAUGCGAACUGGUACUACGAUACGUCAAGAAAGAAUUGCGCACCGUUCUAUUACACAGGUUGUUAUGGUAAUCUUAAUAACUUUGAGACUAGAGAAGCAUGCCAGGCUGACUGCCCACCGGAAGUUGAAAAGGACAUAUGCAUUCUCCCAGCCGACACUGGAGAAUGCGAUCGUUACGUUGACAGGUGGUACUAUGACACCAAAGCCAAAUCUUGUCAACAGUUUUACUACGGAAGCUGUGGAGGAAACGGUAAUAACUUCCAAACACAACAGAGAUGCCAAGAAAGAUGUCAAUCGAAAGAAGCACCAAUGCCAACACCAGAACAACCAGUACAACCAGCGCCUAUACCUACGCAAGAGCCACGACCAGCACCUGAUACUCCACCAACGUUUGUUAUCGAUAUGUGUUUCCUUCCUAGCAAUACUGGACCUUGCAGAAAUCGUCCUAGUAACUACUCUUACUAUUACGAUUCCCGUGACGGUGUUUGUAAAGAAUUUGUAUAUGGAGGUUGCGAGAGUAACGGCAAUAACUUUAACUCAGUAGAAGAAUGUCUUCAAAAGUGUGGAGGAGCUCAAGAUCUUUGUACCUUACCACCCGUUCGAGGACCUUGCAAUGGCGAGUAUCCUCAAUAUUACUACGACCCAGGUACCGACUCCUGUCAAGAAUUUAUAUAUGGAGGCUGUACCGGUAACUAUAAUAGGUUCCAAGAUCAGCAGUCAUGCGAAGAAAGGUGUAAGAAGGUUAGGGAACCAGAGCCAACGUAUACUCAGGCUCCAACAGCUGCCGUUGAUCUAGCCGCAUGCUCCUUACCUUAUGACUCUGGUAACUGCACUGAACGAUUUACUGCAUUCUACUACAACAAGGAACAAAGAAGAUGUCUUCCGUUUAUCUACAAUGGAUGUGGAGGCAACAGCAAUCGAUUCAACAGUGAAGAGCAGUGUCAACGACAAUGUGGAGAAUUUAGAGCUCAAGAUGUUUGUAAUAUGGAUAGAGAUCCAGGACCAUGCAGAGGCUACUUCAUCAAAUAUUAUUACGACAGGGACACCAGACGGUGCGAGCAAUUUGCCUAUGGAGGAUGCAGGGGUAACGGAAAUAGAUUUAGCUCAGAAGAAGAAUGUGCUCAAAUAUGUAUCACACAUGAAGAGAAAAAACCAAAUAUUACAGCAGCUGCACUUUGCCGAAUGCCAGUAGAUAGAGGAUCUUGCAAUGAAGAUAUCCACAAACGGUGGUACUUCGACGAUUUUAAAGGAGAUUGCAUUGCUUUUAUUUAUUCUGGUUGCGGAGGCAAUUUCAACAAUUUUAAAUCAUACCAAACUUGUAUUGAUUCUUGUAGAGAGCUCUUACUGAUUCCCGAAGCUAAACCGACUACAUACAUGCCAACUCAACUUUGCCAAGAAACCUUCAACGAAUGUACCACCCUUCGGUGUGCCUAUGGAGUCGAUCCAUAUGUAGACGAGAACGAAUGCAACAGAUGCCGCUGUCAUGAACCUUGUGCAAAUGUAGACUGCCUACCAGACGAACAAUGUACCAUCGACAUCAACAGAAACAGAAUGUCACCACAAGAGGCAGAAUUCAUAACGAUUUGUAGAUUACGCAACAAACCAGGCACCUGCCCACGACUAGAGAUCACUGACAACUGUGAGCGUGAAUGUAAUACAGAUGCAGACUGUGCUCUCCAAAUGAAGUGUUGCAAUACAGGAUGCGGUACUUCCUGCGUGGAUCCUCCUGGACAGUUAGUCACUCAGAACCUGCCAGCAUAUACGGAAAGACCCACUGACAGUCCAUAUGAGCCACCACAUGUAGAUCCUAUAGAAUACAAACCAGAGAUAGCAGCUCCAAUCGGUGACCAAGCAACGCUACGAUGCGCUGUAUCUGGAAAUCCUAAUCCAAGGAUUCGCUGGAGUAAAGAUAAUAUUGAGAUCGACGGUACUCAACCAAGAUAUAGAAUAAAACUUGACCAAACACUUCAAAUCAUCACUUUGCAUAAGACUGAUUCAGGAAUUUACCUAUGUACUGCCUCUAAUGGCAUCGGCGAAGCUAUCACCAGUGAAGUAAAACUAGAGGUUUUGGAUUCUGAACCUAGACCAGUAACAAUACUAUCAGAACCAGGAGAUGAACAACCCCUAGUAGUAUCCCUUAAUGCUCCCACAACCCUAAACUGUUUUGUCCUUGGAUAUCCAUUCCCUGCCGUAACGUGGUGGAAAGAUGACUCGAUGAUACCGUUCAAAAACUCUGAAUUUGAAAUUAGGAAAGACUAUUCAUUGCUUAUCCAUUCUGUAGACUUACACAACUUAGGUAUAUACACCUGCCAAGCCUACAACGGAUUCGGUAAAGCAGCUAGUUGGUCUGUUACUGUAAAAACUAGAGGGCCUGUUAGGUUCCACAGACCUGAAGAUCAAAUCUAUAGCAAGUGGAUCGUGAACGAUAAUGAACCUACUACAACUGCUGCUCCUGUAAGAACCCCUCCUCCUGAUUGGGAGAUACCUAAUACACCCUAUAAUCCUGAUAUACCCCCUUAUACGGAACCUUCCAAUGAAAUUAUACCGAAUACCUUGCCGGAUGCUCAAGGUGGAAGGCCUCCUCCAAGCGUUAGUGUACCAGUGAGGGCCCAAAUCACAAACAACGAUCAAAAGUACCCACUAGGUAGCGAUAUCGAGUUACCAUGUGAGUUUAGUGGGUACCCCACACCUCAAGUUCAAUGGUACAAAGAUGGUGUUGAAAUCUACCAAAGCGACAAGAUACGUAUAACAGAAACGGAGAGGUUAAGUGUGCUAUCAAUAGAACAAGCAACGAAAGGUGACUCAGGAACGUACCAGUGUGAAGCAACAAAUGCAUAUUCCAGAGCUUCCAGUGAUUUAGUGAUAUCCAUUGAAGGAAUGCACAUCCACCCCAGCUGCACCGACAACCAGUUCUUCGCCAACUGUGCUCUAAUAGUCAAAGCGCAAUAUUGCACGCACAAAUAUUACGCGAAAUUCUGCUGCAGAUCGUGUACAGAAGCAGGACUGCUACCCGUGGACGGUCCACACAUCCACAAAUCCAAGAGGCACAACACUUUCGAGAACAAUUUAGUAUAACCAUAUUUCCAACCUAGUCUCUUUUAAUUUUUAAAAGAAUCCGUGAAAAUCCGAGAAAAAAUAAAGUUUUUUGUGUGUAAAAAAAAUCAUGAACUAAAAAAAUACUUGUUUACAGUUCAUUGGGAAAAUUGGGAAAUUUAUUUGAAAAGUAUUGAAAAUUGAUUUUAUCGAAAAUUAUGUAGAAAAAUCCAGAAAUAAUAUAUUUUACUUUGUCAUGUGCUGCUCAUCGUUAAACUGUUCUCCACAGUUCAUAUCGUUGUUUAUCCCAGCUUAUUUUUAUGUUAUGGUUCACGUUAAUGUAUUAUUCUAUUAUUUUGGUCUGUUUUUUUGGAGUGUUUUCUGGUUUCAGUGGUUCUCUCUGUACUAAAUUCGCCAUUAUUUUAGUUUUCGUAGUUUAUUUCUGAUCCUACUUUUUAAGUUACUGGUAAUUUAUGCAACCUUUCCUGAGGUUCUUUUAGGUUGUCAUUUAUUAAAAUUGUAUCAUCUGCAAAUCUGGGGCGAUUCAACUGUUUGUCAUCAAUCUUAAAACCUUUAUAUUCCCAUUGUAACAUUUAAAAAGCAUGUCGAGACAAAGUUUUUAGAAUUGAUAUUGUUCUCACAGUCUCUGAAGCUUUUUGUCCACAAAUUGUGGGACAAUGGACUGGUUGUAUUCAAUGAUUUUUUCAUCUGGGCAUUUAUGUAUGUUAGAUAAAUUUCUUUCUUUCGUUAUUUAUGUAAAUAGCUGCCUUGGAAUGGACUCUAUCGUCACAUCCUGAUGUGAAGCUAUUGAGCAUAGCGACAUUUAUUAAAAAAAAAACGUUUUGUCUGUUUCUUAUCUUGUUUCUUCAAAAGUUUUCCUUUCUGUAGUCCUUAGUUUCAUAUUUCUUGUGUGCUUAGUUUCAUUCUUGUAUGACCCAUCUAUAUUCUUCACUGUAUCAUUUUGCUGUUUUCUUUUUCUUCUUUAUUCUUAUGGUCUCUGUUACUGCAUUUAAUACUUUUCUUUAAUUUUGUCCCAAUCAAUAUCCAGAUUAUCCGUAUUUAUCAGUGUUUGAAAUAAAUACACUCACCGGCACAAAUUUCCGCCACUAAAAAUGUUUGUUUAAGUUUGACAAUUUAUAACUUUAUUAUUUGUACUCCGAUUUACAAGAUUCUUGGAUCAAUUUGUAGGUACAUGUAUUGACAUCGUUUGUUAUUAUUCCGGUAAUAAUUUUUUUUGCUUAGUUGGCGUUAUAUGGGGGUGAAUGAAAACAUUGUAUUUUCUCCCAACUUUAAAAAAUUCUGUGGAAAAAUUGAAGGACUGAUUUUUAUAUUAUCUCGAAGGCAUCCUUAAGAUUUUGUUUUUUUUUUAAUUAUCCAAAUAACUCUUUUCUUGUAAAAGCUGUAAAUAAAAACACUGAUUUGAAGGUUUAUUUAAUUAAGAUUAUCAAACGCACUAAAAGUAACAACACAAAAUUAAAAACAAAACAAUUCAAUAGCGAGUAUGUCCACCUCUCGUAGCAACGACUGAUCGCAAUCUGUUUAACAUCGAAUAAAUAAGAUGUGUUAUCCUUCCCUGGGGAAUAGCCCGAUAUUCCUCUACCGGGGCCAUAACUGUACCAAAUUUUCUGGAGGCCUAGGAUGAUGGCGAAUAGCUAUUUUCAAUUCAUCCCAUAAAUACUCGAUAGGAUUGAGAUCUGGGCUGCAUGCGGGCCAUUCUAAUAUUAUCAAUCCAACCUCUAUUUAAGAUAUUUACGUUUAUUCAUUAUAUGAGUCAAUCAGUGUUUUUAUUUACAAAAAAUUGAGCAGAUCUUACAAAAAAAAGAUAUUAUCGAUGCCUUUGGGGUAAUACUAAAGGACUAUGAAGCAAAAUAGGCUCUUCAAUUUUCCACAUAAUUUUUUAAAGUUAUUAGAAAAUACAACGCUUCCAUUCAGCCCCGUAUAAUGCCAUCUAAGCCAUCAAAUAUUUUUUGUUACCGGAAUAAUAGCAAAUGAUAUCAUUACAUGUACCUACAAACUGAUGCAAGAAUCUUGAAAAUCGGAGUACAAUAAUAAUAAAGUUAUAAGUUGUCAAACGCAAUCAAAAAUUUUUAGUGGCGGAAUUUUGGGUGAGUGUAGGUAUGUCCAUAAAAAUUUCUCGGAUUAAUAAUAACAGUAAACUAUCAGUAAGAAUAACAAUGACAAAUCUUAAAGAUGAGAAGAGAAGUUUUUGGAAAUAACGUAAAAAUAUUUGUCAACGAUAAAUUUUCUGUUUUGAAUCGUACAAAAUUUUUGUAGCUGUAGACAAUUAUUUUUACUUUUACCUAAAGCUAAAAUGCAUAGUUAGUCAUAAAAACUUCUCGCCAUUUUUGAGAUACGAAUAGACGUUUUUGCCAUAUUGGUGGACAAAUUUUGAGCCAUAUUUACCGUUUGUUAAUGUUUAAACCGAGUCCUCGAGAUAUUGUAGAUAUGUUCGUUUUGUUAGUUUAAGUUAUCAAAAAACCUUGUGCAAUCUACUUAGUUCUUUGUAUAUAUAUUUUUAACAAUAUUUAUAAAAAAAUGUCUAUGUAAAAAUGUGUUUAAUACAUUACGAAAUAUAAAAGAAA